ACUUAUGUGCGUUUUCUUAUUGUUUUUUUUUUUUUUGCAAUUAUUUUGAAAUGCAGAAAUUGGCCUGCCCAGCAUUCUGCCGAUUCAGUGUAAUCAUUGCUGGUCAGGGAGGAAACAUGCAUGGAUGCUGAACACAGACCUCUGAUUAUCUCAGAAGAAUGCCUGCAGUGGUUCCUGUUAUCUUUACAUGCCUAUUCUCCUACAGUGCCGUCCAGAAGCACAAACUCUUGCACAAUCACUUUUUGAUAAGUUUCUUGCCAUUUCUGUCAUCAGCGAAGAUCUGCGAAGUUCUCCAUCUCCUAACCUCACCUUAUGCUUCAAAGUGUCUUUCCCCGAGUUCUCAAUUAAUUAUGGUAAUUCAUUAAAUAAGCUGGAUGGACAUGCGACUGAUAUAUAGCUUUGAUUUUCACAACAUUUCUGUUGAACUGUGACUUCUUCAAUUUUGUCAACAAGUUGGCAACAUCUGGUAGUUGCUGGAAGCACCAGAGGUCCGCGGAGAGGCCGACCGCCCCCAGACAUGACCACGAGCCGGCACCUGGAGAAGCCGGAGCUGCUGAAGAGGCUCUCCCUGGACAGCUGCCUGGCGGAAUACAUGGACUUCCAUAAAUGUAUCGAGGGGCUGGUCAAGCAGUUGGAAGAAGAACGCAGGAAUGUCAGAAGGGAGAAGCUGGCUGUGGCACGUCUCCAGAGGGAAGUCGCGCGGAGUCGGAGCCGGGCCACAAUGCGAGAGAAGCUGAUCCAUGAGCUGGAGGAAGAGAGACGCCUGCGACGGGACACUGAGAAGCGUCUGCGUGAGGCGACGCAAGAGUCAGAGCUGGGCCAAGCACAGAUGGAGGCGCUACAGCAGCACUUCUCCAGGAUGGAAGAGACGGUGAGGACACUGCUGCAGAACCAAGGAGUGCUGGACCACACGGCAGUGAACACUGUGGACAUCAUCAAGGCCUACAAGGAGAAACUGUCGGAGGAAACUCAGAAGCAGAAGGAGAGCUUGGAAGAGGCCAGACCAGCAGAGGAGCCUAACAUGCACGGCGAUACUAAUGGCGCAGACGAGAGCAGCGAGCAGACCAGGCUUCUCCUGGAGCGCCUUCAGGUCCUGGAGGCAGAGAACUCCGCCCUGGCCCUGGAGAACAAGAGCCAGAGGAAGCAGUACGAGCGUUGUUUGGAUGAGGUAGCCAAUCAGGUUGUGCAAGCCCUCCUCACUCAGAAGGACCUCAGGGAAGAGUGCCUGCAGCUGCGGACACGGGUGUUUGACCUGGAGCAGCAGAACCGCACCCUCAGCGCCCUCUUCCAGCAGCGGCUGCGCCCUGCCUCCGAUCUGCUCUUCCAGAAGCUGCACUCCAAGAUCUUGGGUCUGUCUUCCGGGGACCUGCUACUGGACGGCGAUAGGAACCGGGGCGUCCCACUAUCCCACCAUGCUGAGUCUCCUCCACACGAGACCCAGCCGAGCGUGAGGGCGGGACUUCCUGUGAGGUGGCGGAGUCAGCUGAGCCUGAACGCGCCAAUCGCGGCGGCCUGUCCGCGCAGCAGCUGCAGCAGCAGCGAGAUUUCCCUGUCCAGCGUCUGCAGCGAGUACUCCAGCAGCUCCUACACCUGGAACGACGGCAAGCUGUCGUCUCUGACAUGGGAGAAGAGGAUGAACCUGGGCUCCUCAGCACCUGGGAACAUCUGGAACCCCCCUGAGGAGCAGCCCCCUACUCGGAGAAAGGAAUGCCAUAUCCUUGCAGGGCUAAAGAGGCUCCAGAAGCGACUGCCUAAGGAACCAGCCACCUUGUUCUCUAAGCCAGGAUACAAAGACUGCAUGAACUCCAACGAGGGUAUCUACUCUCUGGGGAUGAAGUACAGUGCCCAGAGCAUGCCUAAGCCUUCUGUCACCGGACGGAUAGGCAUGCUUGCGGUGAGGAGCAAGACAUUCGCUUACGAUUCUGAUGAUGCCGACGAUGAGUCUCCUCGUGCACCUGCCCAACUGAGCAAAGACUCAUGGGUCUUCUCUAAGAAGCUGACACACAGUGUGUCCGACAGCCUGUGCAGCUGGGAUGGAGGGCAGGAUCAUGAACUAGGGGAUGGUAAGACCCCCCCCGGUCACAAAUCCAAGCAGCCCGCCGAGAAACUCACAACCUUCACCAGUGGAAUCCUCUCUGGUGAUUCUACCCGCGAUCCAUCUCUGUCGGACAUCAAACCUGGUUCCACGGAGGUCAGCUGCUGCCUCCACCACUCAGACACGGAUGAAUUAGACUCCAUGGUGGAGAGCGCUGACAAUCAUCUCGCUGUGAGCUAUCCAGCAGAACGGCUGGAAAGGUACCCCAAGAGGCUUUCCGCAGAGGUGAACAAACUGCCUGCAGACCAGGUCCAGCGCCGCCCUCUCAGCCAGAUUAUGCUUCCAAAUGGAGCUAAUGACUUACGGGCAGAGGAGCGCGUCGCGGUGAUAUUUGACGCCGAGGAUGGAGAGCCCAUCCAGCUGAGUGCACAGCCCACUGUGGCCGUGACUUGCAGUGAUCUUCCCGAAGAUGGCCCACGAAAUGUGCCGACUACCGAGAGUCCCAGGCUGAUGUCUCAUGCCAGCCCUGACAGUCUCACAGGAGGCCCUGCCAGGAAUUACACUGUCUUAGAGUCUCCAGAAGUGCCGGUGCAACUUCAGGCUCACAGUACAGCAGGUAAAGCUGCCACUUUUCAGAGCCGGAGCACUGACAGCCCUUCUGAGCACCAGCAGAAGUUUGCUACCCAGCAACAGAAGCUAAUAAAGCCUCCAUACAAUCAGAGCAACAAAGUCCACUCUGCUCCAGCUAUGCAAGGUGCCUCCACCCCCAAGACUAACCUCACUAAGAUCCCCGGGCGAGGGAAGGGUUCGCCACAGAAGUUUGGAAAGGGUGCCAAUACCGAGACAAGCAACAACGGCAGCAACCCCAGUCCUGCUGCUAAAGACAGGUCUCCUGUAUCACCCCCAGUAAAGCUGUCGAGAUUUGUUAAGUCGACUGGGGGCAGUCAGGUUCAGAGCCCAAAGGGAACUCAGAUGAGCUCUAAGCUUUCAUCCAGGAAUGAUUCUGGUAAAGGUAUGUUCCUGCCAGUCCCAAGCUCUCCACCUCCAUCCAGGAAGCAACUGGAGAACGAUGACAUUGGGGAACUGCCUACCCGAGAUCAGCACUGUGCACAAACUGAGCUCAGAUCCCCUUCCCCUCCACCCCCUCCUGGUCGCUCCACGUCGUUACUGAUCCGACCAAACUAUGACAACUCUCCUCAAGCACUUAAGCUGGCGGCUCAACCUGCUGCACCAAACACUGUGAGGGGACCUCCUACAGGUCUCCAGAAGCACCCGCAGCCUCCACCAUCUGCACUUAAUGUGCAACAUCUGGGUUCUCACAGAGGCCAAUGCGCUACUGACCUCGACUUGAGCCUCAUGGAGGUGACACCUCAGAAGCUGGUGGAUAACCAGUCCUUAGCAAAGGCCUCUACUUUAUGUCAGACCCCCACAAAAGGGUCCCCAAAGUGGUUCCCCCCAAAACCAUCCCACUCUAUAGCAUCAAGUUACACACCAGACCAUAGUGAACCUGUAUCUAAAGGUUUAAAGAAUUUUCCGACCUCCUUGCUUACCUCCCCAAGAGAUUCGCUGCAGGGUCUGUUCAAUGUCAAGAAGAGUCUGCCUCUCGAAAAUGGCCAUCCCUUGUUAUAUAAGGCAUCCAGCAGCUUGCCUUUGUCUUUAGAAGGCCACCAGCCAUGCCUGACGGAGCAGGGUGGACCUUCGGCGGAGGCUCCUAAGUCGCCACUGAGCUACUCGGGAUCAGAAAACAAAACCCAGGGCUCUGCGGAGAAAGCAUCAAAAACCCGCUUACCUAUCGGCUUAAAAGCUCUGGUGAAGUCACCCUCUCUACUGAGCAAAAGCUCCACGGUGCCAGGAAAGCAAGAGAAGGAGCAAGUAGCCGACAGCAACGGGGGUGCCUCAAAGCCAUGUGGAUCACCGCAGAGUACCGUAGCCGGAAAGCCGCAGGUGGAGAUGAGCGAUGGGGGGCAUGGUGGCUCUGCGGACAGGGGCAUGUUCCCCCGAGCAUCAGCCGAUAGCAGCCUGGCCUUCCCCAGUGACGGUCGCCUCUUCAAGCGCUCUGUUUCAGUUACGACCAAGCCGCAUUUAAAGCCCGCGUUAGGCAUGAACGGGGCGAAAGCACGGAGCCAGAGCUUCAGCACCAAUUACAUGGAAAAGCCCUGCAUGACCAUCCCUGAGGGGGCUGAGAAGGUGAGGACCCACAUCAUAACAAAUACUGGCGAGAGGGGCAACUCCCUGACCAGGCAGGGCCCAUCCACACUUGGUGUCCAACUGAAAACUUUCAGUGGAGCAGUGGAGAGCUCUCCCCAGCAUCUUAACACCCGGCCGGACUCCCAUCGGGCCAUGAGCAGCUCCUGCACUCCCCCUGGUGUCUCAGGAAGAAAGACCUCUCCGUCUAGCCCAAAGGAGGACAUUUCUAAGGCCGAGGGUAAUGUGUCACUUCCCCAGAAAGAGGUCUGCGGAUUAUCUCCCACAAACAAGUUUGGCCAUAAAUACUCCAAGCAAUCCGGAAAAGUGUCUUCCCAGCCUCAGUUUGAGUCGGCUUCCUCUUCAGGCCACGGCUCCGACUCGAAGGCAGAAGGGAGCAGCAGCAAGUUGCUGAGUCCCAACAAACCGCACAUGGUGAAGAGUUGGAAGAGGCCAUCUCCUACCAGCGCAGGGCAGGAAGAGGCCGGGAAAUGCACAAGCCCGUUGGCCAGCACCAUAGAGGAGAAGGUCAUGAUGGGUAUCGUGGAGAACGUGCAGAAAGGUCAAGGGCAAGACAAGGCCCAAGCUCCUGAGAGCAAGCAGAAGAGCAGCUCGUCUCUGGCUAACUGGUUUGGCUUCCGCCGCAGCAAAUUGCCAGCUCUGGGUGGCAAGAAGACCGAGGUUCCCAAAGAAAAGGCGGAGAAAAAAGAGCUGAAGCUUGGCUCGGUGCUGGGAAGCAGGCAGGCUAAGUCAGACAAAAAGAAGGAUAAGAGAAAAAACGAGACACGGUGCAGAGAUAGUCAGGAAUAUAAUGCUGAGAACGGUGAUGAAAUGGGCCCCGUAAUGGACCAUCAUGUUCCGACAGGACAGCUGAUCAGUCAGAUCCAGCGUCCUCCUACCCAUACUGCAGCAGAACACUUCAGGAUGGAGCUGCUGAAUGGGAAUGUCGCCACCAGUGGUUCCCAUGGUGCCGGCCUCCCCGGCAUCAUCACCCAGGGCGCUGCCAUAAAGAACAGCGAAAUGAAGAAGAAUCUGGAGAUGGGUGCCGACGGCGCGAAGAUCAUGCUCAAGGCUGGCCGUGAUGAGGACCAUGCUUCUGAGUCACCGUGCCAGGACCACCUUCCCGGCUCCAGCUGUCAGAUGCGAACUUUGGACAGCGGAAUCGGAACCUUCCCCCUACCUGAAUCCGUCACUCGGGUGCCGGGGCGGCAUCUUCCAAAAACAGAAUUCUGCCCCAGGAGGGCAUCAGUCGAUCCCACUGAGCCCACCCAGGACCUUCCCCUUCCCUCGCUGCCUAAAUCCAAAGUGCCUUCCUGCCCUGGGACCUGCCUCAAUCACUCUGUGUCGUCCCCCAGCGUGUCUGGCAGCAGUAUGACGGACCCCGUGAGCUGGACCCCCAGCACUGAAUCCCCAGGCGCUGUGCUUCCUAAGCGGCCGAACCAGACUGACUACAGCCCAGGCCCAGAAGACCGUAGCAAGUGCACCGAUGCGAGGGCCACCAGACUGGACCACAACGUCUCCACUGACAAGGCUCUGCGGGUCUGCCUGUACUCCGGCAGCAGCAGCGAGCCCGAGGACGACCCAGAAAUUGACCUGGACUUGAGGCGUGGACUUCCACACAGUAAAACCAAGAAUCACACCCAAGCCGACAGGGACCAGGAAGCGAGAGCCCAGGAGAAAGCGGGCAUUCACUGGUCCAUCAUGGACUACUACCGACAGGAGUUGCUCGUCCGCUACGGCGAUGACGAGCACGCGGGAGUCUCUCCGUACGGCUUCCUGAGCAAAGGCGACAGAGCAGAGAUGGACACCGGUCGCUGCGCUGCUAGGACAAGCCAACCGAGUGAGAUGCUGGAUGAGGACAUGAGGACUGGCGUCAUCGCUUCCCGCUUGGAGUCCCUCAACGACAGGAACAGCAGCGGCAAGGCGUUCCGGCACAGAGAGCACGGCGCGGGUGGAGACGGGCCCAGGCCUGGCCGGAUGGAUGGCCGCUCUGACAAGCCUGUUGGGGAAAUCCUGGGCUCGCUGAGCGACUCGCUGUAUGACAGCUUCUCGUCCUGUGCCAGUCAGUCCUCCGCUGAUGUGUAGGGGUGGUCCGAGAGCUGGCGUCGUGAUGCGCACCACUUACAAAAUCAGGGUAGGUGGGACCACUGGUAACCGCAGGAAAUCUGAAGAUGUCUGUGGACAAAUGAUGAGCAUAGCUCACAGACAGAGAACGGGGAUGGUCUAACGUGGAACCGUCACGGACCUGGCCGAUCAGAGUAAAUACAGAGUGACUGCCUGUCAUUGCACUGUGACGAACACUGUACAUAGUUUCUUAGGAAUUCAAAGUGGAAACAUAUUCGUAACAACAAUAACAAGAAAACACAAAGCAAUAGACGUUAUCAGCUGGUGCUGUCAUUCGCGUUUACAAAUGAGCCUGUAAUAAGGCGGGACAUAUCUCUUCUCUUUCAAUAUCAUGAUAAUUACAGGAAUAAAUCACAGUAAUUGGUGUGUUCGGGUGCCACUUCCGGAAUUUGUAGCAAUGCCACAGCGGUUAUCUGAGUGACGCUGGGAGAAAGAGCGUCCCUCUGUGAGCUCUCACACCUGUCUAUAGACCCCUCUGGGCAUCUGUUUACACAUAAAUUGCUUUUUUUGCAAUGCAGUCUCAGUAUGGAAUGACCUGCCGAUAUGAGCAGACCUUCACAACCAGCAAAAACGGCGCUAAUGCUAACACUUCAUGCUAAGUGACCCGUAGGACCAUAAAUUCAUAAGGCAGUGUCCAAUAACUACUGAGCAGUUACGACCUGUGAAUUAUGUCAAACUGUGCCAACCAAGAGCUUCCUUGUCCUUCAAUUGUUAGCUCUUGCUUUUCCAUUCCUUAUUGUUCUUGCACACAAGUUGCUUACUGCGUCAUUACAGCGUAAUUACAUGUCAGUUAGGUCACACUGCGGGAAGUUUGGACACAGCAUUCUCUGGAGAGAUCAAGCCCAAGGCUGUAGCUCAGGGAUUAAGCAGCUGACGUGCUUCUUGGUAGCGAUGGUGCAGUUACUACGUUCUUCUUGUGCGCGUGGGGGUCUGGGUUGACUAGCAGGCAAACAUUCAUAUGCAAGUGCAUCAACACUUCUAGCAGGAUAGUAACUGCUCUUACCUGCUUCUUAUUUAAUGUUGUUUUUUUUAAUGAUUAUUUUCUAUGUGAGGGUGUAGAUAUUUUAAGACAGAAAUGCUUUGCUGUCCUCCUGUAAAAUCUGCUGUCUCCCCGCCUAUAUCUGGUGUAUUUGGCCUUGGAGAAUGUCACGCCAAAAAUGGAACAUCUAUCCAAUCGAGCCUGGUGCUACUCAACACUGCGGCCUGUGUCUCUGUCAGACUGUUCAUACGUAUGAAGAGAGUCUAUUUCUUAGGCCAAGCAUAUUUUUCUAGAUGUCAUGUAUUUAUAACCACUUUUGUAUAUGAAGCUGUAUAGGAGUGUAAUUGUAUUAUUUCUUAUUCUCCCUUAAUGUUCACUUCUUCAGAGGAUCCUAUAUGGGCUGUUAUUUCACCAAUGAUUUGUGCAAUUCCGGCUGUUACAUUAGACUUGCUCUGUAUUUUCUGUAAUGAUACAAAUAAAAUUAUUUCUGUUUUUAAGUUUCAAAACGC